CCAACUUGCUUUUAAAAACCCUAAGACAAGAUUCAAAGCCUUUUGAUUGAUUCUGAUAGUUCGACAUGCACAUGGUCACCUCUCACAAAUAAUACUAAUGCCAGAUUUCUGAAUUUACAUGUAAUAUUUAAGCAUGCCAUUUCAUAAAUGCUGACUAUUUAAGCAUAUUAUUGUGUAUAAGAAAUGCCUUGUGAUUAUUUUUGAAUUUUUAUCAUGAAAAAGUGAUUUUUGGCUGGAAAAAUGACAUUCUUAGUUAACUGCUUAUCUUGCCAGCAUGAGGACUUGAGUUCUAUCUCCAGAACCAGUAUAAAAAUGCCAGGCAUAGCACUGUAUGCUUGUAAUCUCAGUGUGCUGGAGAGGUAGAGACAAGAUUCCAACAUACACUGAAGUCUAUUGAGACACCUAGCUUCAUGAACAGAACAUCAACUGGAUUCUUGGACUUCCAUUCCUAGAUAGCCACUGUUAGAUGAGCUGGACCACAGCCUGUAAGCCUUACUUUCUGAUCUCCAUCUUUUUCCAUGUAGGUUUUUUGAACUGUUUAUUAUUUGAUAUAUGCAAAUUUUACACAGUAAUACACUAGGCACUAUCGAGCUUUCCAUACAUCUUAUAGCCUACACAUGGGUUCAUUUUUCCAUUUAUUAGAAUAUUUCUUUUGGAAAUGUUUUCAGUUAGUCUUGACAUCAUAUAUAUGGUUUCUUGUAGCCCAGGAUGUCCCCAAACCUUCUACCUAUCCAACCCACAGGUCAUCAACUCACAGUGAGAUUGACAGGGCUACUGUAUAGUCUCUAUUCUAAAAGCACUUUUGUGUUUUAUUCUGUAGAGAGCCAUAGUACACAAUACUAAUGGUUGGUUUGUUCCGAGUUAACCUGUAAUCUAGGAAUACUGAGAAGAAUGCAUGGCCAGCCCUGGUGCUUGUUACCUUCUGCUUCACAGACACGGUGAAGAUGGACAGCAGAACUGAUUAUUACAAAGAGAAGAUGGUAAAGUAAAAAGUACCAUGACCUAAAUUCCUAUGACAAGACUGAGCAGAGGGUAAAAACUUAAAUGAUCGACUGUCCAGUUUCCCUUCUGCACACCAUCUGGCUAAAGAUGAGCUGGAAGUCAGAUCUUUAGGGCGUAAAUCCAUUGCCUUCUCUGAUCGCUGGUUCUCAUGGAUUAAGGGCGUAAUUCCAUUGCCUUCUCUGAUCGCUGGUUCUCAUGGAUUAAGUGUUCAACUUCUGGAUUUUGUCUAUGUGCCAGAAAGCACAGGUAGCACAACUGAAGGUCUUUUUUUAAAAAAAUAGUUAUGUCUCUUUGAUAGUUAAGAAUCGGUUUCCACACUGGGUCACUGCCCGCCUCAACAGCGCCCUCUCUAUAAAAGACGGAGCGACUAGGUGGGAGGUGGCUUGAGAGGCGUUUCACAGCGACUGAGCCUGAGGGGCUUUCUGCGAUAUACCCUCCACAGUGAAGAAGCUCAGACUCCAAGAAGCUGGUGUCUAGCUGCGGCCCGGAGCAACGAUGGACAGUCUGGUAUUCAGGAGACCUUUCUGCCAUCUCUCCACCUACAGCCUGAUUUGGGGCAUGGCAGCAGUAGCGCUGGGCACAGCUCAAGUGGAAGUGGUAACCCAGGACGAAAGAAAGCUGCUCCACACAUCUGCAUCCUUACGAUGUUCUCUGAAAACAUCCCAGGAACCCUUGAUUGUGACAUGGCAGAAGAAGAAAGCUGUGAGCCCAGAGAACAUGAUUACUUACAGCAAAACCCAUGGGGUUGUGGUCCAGCCUGCCUAUAGAGACAGAGUAAACAUUACUGAGCUGGGACUCUGGAACACGAGCAUCACCUUCUGGAACACCACAGUGGAUGAUGAGGGCUGCUACAUGUGUCUCUUCAAUACCUUUGGUUCUGGGAAGGUCUCGGGAACAGCUUGCCUCACCCUCUAUGUACAGCCCAUAGUAUCCCUUCACUACAACUAUUUUGAAGACCACCUAAACAUCACUUGCUCUGCGACUGCCCGCCCAGCCCCUGCCAUCUCCUGGAAGGGCACUGGGUCAGGAAUUGAGAACAGUACUGAGACUCACUACCAUUCAAACGGGACUACAUCUGUCACCAGCAUCCUCCGGGUUAAAGACCCCAAGAAUCAGGUUGGGAAGGAAGUGAUCUGCCAGGUUUUGUACCUGGGGACUGUGACUGACUACAAGCAGACUCUGGACAAAGGAUUUUGGUUUUCAGUUCCAUUGUUGCUAAGCAUUGUUUCUCUGGUAAUUCUUCUGGUCUUGAUCUCAAUCUUAUUAUACUGGAAACGCCACCGAAGUCAGGAGCGAGGUGAGUCAUCACAGGGGAUGCAAAGAAUGAAAUAAGAGACCUAUAGAAAUUAUACAGAACCCUGAAAGUUUUUCCCUGAUCUACUUGAAUCUGAUAUGAAAGGAAAGCAGGAGGGAAAAGGUCAUUCUCCAUGGGACCUAAAAAGAGCAAAUGACAUGGAAGCCAGCCUGUGAGGAGUUUGACUUUUUGCUGCCAUUUCAGUUUUUCAGCGUUUGUAUUCCAAGAGGAAGACAUGUGCCUCAGGUCUGUUGUAGGACUUGAUUUUGUAGAGCAAUGCAGUGCCGUGCUGUUAGAAAGACACCAGACUUAAAAACACCAGUGUGGAGUCGGCUCCCAGGCUGACUUUGGCUCCCACCAAAGGGGGGAAAAGUCGUCAAUUUACCUCACAGAGCUUCCUCAUCCUUAUACAAAAUAGAAAAGAGUGGGACCAGAAUAUUUGCCAUGUCUGAAACCUGAUGGAAUUCUAGGAAGAAAAGUUAAGAACAAACAAAGAAACAAGUUAAAAGAAAGAGAAGAAAGAACACAGGAGGGUUCAAAGAACUUCUGAGACUACCUUUUGCCUUUCUGUUGGUGUCCCAUCUCUGCUUUUGUUCAUAGGUCCACGAGUGUGUUUCCGCAUUGUUUGAAUAUCUAGUCUACUACCUGCUACUGUUCUGCUAACUGUUGGCCUUGCUAGAAUCCCUGAUUCCUCUGCUGUUCUCCUUGUGCUUCUGUGAGGGUUACUAUGCUGAAAAUAGGGAAGAAUUUAGUGUGAAGUACCAUUGGCAAAUGUAACAUGUCCAUUUAACUUAUUUUUUUUUUUAGCACUUAGACAAUAUUGUUAGUCUUAGACAGUAGUUCACAUAUUUACAAAAGCAUGCUUUUCCUGUCUAUUUGGCCCACUGUAUCACCCUCUUUUAGGCCAUUCUGACUCCCAUCUAGUGUAAUGAUAAUAUAUUAUGAAAACAGAUGCGUAAGAAUUUCCUGUACAGUGGUCAAUUGUAUGUGAUCUCCCUCCCCUUAAGCUUCUUUUUCUGUGAUUUAACUUUUUACAAACAGAAUACAAUACUCUGGAAUACAAUCCCUUUGUUCUAAAGACAUUGUAAGCUAUAAAUUCUUCACCCUUUGACAAAACUAGUGAAGUUGUUUUCCGUACCUUUUGUCUGUCUCUAUACAGGAAUGACCUAGGAAUUCAAGUGUAACUUGUUUUCAUUGUUGAACUGGAUAUUUAUAUACUCGGUAUGCUUUCCACCUGUUAUUUAAUUCUGUAUAAUUUCUUAUAUUUGUAUUAAAAUACUGAGCAAUUAAAAGUGUCAACUAAAUACUUGAUGUGUGACAUUCCCUUGAGUAAUAGAGAAAUAAAGAAAAACA